UUACCCCGCUUAAUAUGGCAGAAAGAUGAAGACGUUAACGGAUUGCUGCCAACGAAUGCUUCAUCUGAACAGGAAACUAUGCUAGUCGAAUCGAUGGUUGCCACCGGUCUCCUUCAAAUCAACAGCUUAUCAAACGCAAACGGCCGCCUUCUAGACCUGGCAUUCGUCAGCGAUCCUAGCGUAGUUGAACUAAUCGUGCCUCCAUCUGCCCUACUUAGAAUCGAUAGUCACCACAUGCCGUUUGUUCUUCGUAUUGAUGUCAACGACAACUUCCUGCUACCUCCUGGGAACACAAUUGAAACCGACGACUUUGAUUUUCGACGCUGCAACUUUGCAGAACUUAAUAGAGCUGUAUCUACUAUCGACUGGGCUUCGUUGUUUCUCGGUAAGGAUACCGACGAGACGACGAUUCACGAGACACUCCUACAAGCACGCUUGGUGGUCAUCCGAGCUGCAGCACCUUCGUAACGCUGUCCGCAAAUCCCGUAAACGUUAUUUUAAAGAACGAACGGAUGCAAAUCGUCACAAUCUUCGCAUAAUUGAGACUCAGUAUCACGAACUUCAAACCGCAUCAUUUCAAAAUUACAUCGCCCACCUGGAGACGACUGCGAAGCGAAACCCCUCCUAUUUUUGGACGUUUAUUCGCAAUCGGAAGCACUCAAAUCGAUUCCCAGCCGAGAUGACUUUCAACGGUAAUAGUGCUGAUUCCCCGGUAGGAAUAGCAAAUCUGUU